CAACUCUCUGGCUGCACCGCUAAAUGCCAACCUCAGGCCGCUGUCGCUCAACAAACAAAAACAUACAAGCACCUAAAAAGAGAGCUGGUGAAAUUGAAGUAAGCCAAACCAUAUCUGUUCCCUCUCUGUUUUGGUUCUGACCAAGCGGGUAUUGCUCUACAAAUGGAUAAUGGAGACUGGGGCCAUAGGAUGACUACUCCUGUUACUUUGAACGUGGGAGGCCACAUGUACACCACCAGUUUAUCCACCUUGCAGCGUUAUCCAGACUCCAUGCUGGGCGCCAUGUUCCGGGGAGAUUUCCCCACAACUCGAGAUUCCCAAGGGAAUUAUUUCAUCGAUCGCGACGGCACACUUUUCAGGUACAUCCUGAACUUCCUGCGGACGUCUGAGCUUACCCUCCCAGUGGACUUCACAGAGACAGAUCUCCUGAGGAAAGAGGCGGACUUCUACCAGAUCGAACCUUUGAUCCAGUGCCUUAGCGAUCCCAAGCCGCUGUACCCUCCCGACAUCUUUGAGCAGGUGGUGGAGCUCUCUAGCACUCGGAAACUGUCAAAAUAUUCCAACCCGGUCGCUGUUAUCAUCACGCAGCUGACCAUAACCACAAAGGUUCACGCCCUUCUGGAAGGCAUUUCCAACAACUUCACCAAGUGGAACAAACACAUGAUGGACACCAGAGACUGCCAGGUGUCCUUCACCUUCGGACCAUGUGACUAUCAUCAAGAGGUGUCCCUACGCGUUCACCUCAUGGACUACAUCAUGAAACAAGGCUUCACCAUCCGGAACACGCGUGUGCAUCACAUGAGUGAGCGUGCAAACGAGAACACGGUGGAGCAUCACUGGACUUUCUGUAGACCAGCUCACAAAGUUGAAGACUGAGUUCGCAGCACAGUUGUUGUGGAUGACUGUUUGAUAUGUCAUAAUAUUACACAAUCAAAAAAAGAACAAAAUUGACCCCUGUUUCAGAAAUGUGUCACUGAUAAUGAUUUCUUUGGAGGCUGAGUGACCAAACAGAUAACAUAAAAAGAAUGAGUGAUUCAUCUGUUGGAGUGCAAGAGUGUUAUCUUAGUAAAACACUUUGUCGUCAGUGCUACAACUGCAUAUUAAACAUUUCUAUAAAAAUGGAUACUUCAUUGACGGUAAGGUGUACAAAACAAAAAAAACCCAUUUCUUAUGAAGCAGAAAGACCCAAUAUCAAUAACUUUAUUUAUUUAGGAACACAAUAUUUUACCCCAUUGCAAAAGAUAUGCUAAAACUGUGGGCAUGUUCACUUUUAUAGGAAUAAUUUUUAUUUAAUGUGGUUCCAGUACCUGCCACCUGUUACAACUGAAGUCCGCAAUAAAGUGAUUGUAAACUGGUAGCCAUGAUUUGAGACUCUAUGCGUACAUACGGUAUCAAAUCUAUAUCUUAAUAAAUGAAGAUCAUAAUUUGGUGGUAAAAGUCAAAAAGAAGAGGUUGUAAAAAGUCUGUACCACAUACACAACCUCUUGGUCACAAGUUAAGCCAGUUUUGGACUCAAGACACUAAACAAAGAACUUUUUUUUGGAUCUGAAGGUGUCAGGAGUGAAUCUUUUUCCAUAAUAAUAAUAAUAAAUUAUGAUUAUCUUUAGCCCAAUUUCUUUCUGGUGAGUUUAAAGUAGCUAGAUCUUAAAAUUAGUCUCUUGGCUCUCUAUUAUCUCUUUGUACGGUACUAUUUCUGGAGAGCCUAGUAGUCGUUGCAUGUAUGUGUCUGAGUGUCUUGUGUAUGUAUAUGUAUUUGCUGCGCGCGCUUUGCAGUAUUAUGUCAUACUGUUACACUUUAGAGCUCAUAUCAACAGUGAUGUGUUCAGUCAUUCCAGCCCAAUAAACCCAUUUGUCAGUCUCA